ACCGGGAGUGUGUAGGAUUGACAGUGGAGCGGUGUGGGAUGAACAGACAGAGGAGCCUGCAAUCCUGCCACAACCCAGCGGAGCAGCAUCUAUCUACAGCCUGCUCUACAGCGAGAGCACACACACCUGAGGGCCGUAGAGCAGCGAGGUUCCGCCGCACAGCCCAGACCAACUCUCCGCAGUUCCCCCCAAACUUAACCGCGCAGCUCCGCUCCUGCAAGUGCACCCAGCCUGCAGCGCGGAGCCUCUCAUGGACAUUUAUCCUCUGAGGGAUGUGUCCUCUCCGUCAGCACCUCUGACCUAACUGUGGAUUUUGGAGUCUCGGAUCUUGAGAGUUUGAUCAGUAACGAAAGCAGCUCUGAGAGGAUCCUGGUGAAAAUAUACUGGAAGAGCUUUUCACCUCCAUCCAUCAUGAGAGCCCUCCCAUCCGGACUGAGCUACCUAUGUCUACACUUAUUUGCAUUGUGCUACUAUGCUCAGGUAACCAAUCAGUCCCCGCCUAAUUUCACGCAGCAUGUAAGCGAGCAGAGCAAACUGACGGACCGCGUGAGCCGCCGGCUGAUCCGGAUCUACCAGCUGUACAGCCGCACGAGCGGCAAGCACGUGCAGGUCCUGCCCAACAAGAAGAUCAACGCCAUGGCGGAGGAUGGAGACGUACACGCUAAGCUGGUUGUGGAAACGGACACCUUUGGGAGCCGAGUACGCAUCAAGGGCGCUGAGACAGGCUUCUACAUCUGCAUGAACAAGAGGGGAAAGCUCAUUGGCAAG